AUGACGGCUGCGGAGGCGGGCUUUGAGAUGCCCAAGGACAUGGAUGCCUACUUCAAGAUCGCCAAGGACCCCCUCGUGCGGUACAGCAACAUGACGCAGGAGAUGCGCGAGGAGGCGGUGGACAUCAUCGUCGGGCACACGGAGAAGCACCCGAAGGACUACGAGAAGGCGGCGUCGCUGAUCAAGGAGAACCUCGACAAGAAGUUCGGCACGUCGUGGCACGUGGUGGUGGGCCAGAGCUACUCCUACGAAGUCACGUGCGAGGCGAAGCAGUGCAUAUACCUCCUCGUCAUGGGCUCCCUCGGCGUGCUGUCCUGGAAGCACUGA